GGGAUCGGGAUCGGGAUCGGCUCCAUGGACACCUUCCAGUCCCCCGUGCCCUCGUCCCGCCGGGACAAAGCGGAGCCCGGCCCCGUGUCCGUGACCAUCCCGGCCUCUCCCUUCAUGCAGAAGUUGGGAUUCGGCACCGGAGUCAGCGUCUACCUGAUGAAAAGGUCCCCGCGGGGGAUGCCGCGCUCGCCGUGGGCCGUGAAGAAAAUCAACUCCGGCUGCUCCCAGAGCCAGCGCAGCCUCUUCCAGAGGAGACUCCGGGAGGAGGCCCGGACCCUCCGGAACCUGCAGCACCCCAACAUCGUCGGGUACCGGGCGCUGACCAAGGCUCCGGACGGGAGCCUUUGCCUGGCCAUGGAAUUCGGGGGGGAGAAAUCCCUGAACGACCUCAUCGAGGAGCGCCGGGAGCAGGGCCUGGGAAUGUUCCCGGCUGCCACCAUCCUGCACGUGGCCCUGAGCAUGGCCAGGGGCCUCGAGUACCUGCACACGGAGCAGCGGCUGCUCCACGGCGACAUCAAAUCCCCCAACGUCGUCGUGCGCGGCGCCUUCGAGGCCGUCAAGAUCUGCGACGUCGGCGUCUCCCUGCCCCUGGAUGAGAACCUGACAGUGAGCGACCCCUCGCGCAGCUACGUGGGCACGGAGCCCUGGGCGCCGCCCGAGGCGCUGCAGCCGGGCGGGGCCAUCUCCGACCGCGCCGACGUCUUCGCCUUCGGCCUCACGCUCUGGGAGAUGCUGGCGCUGAGCGUGCCCCACCUGCCCCUGCCCUCCGACGAGGAGUCGUGCUCCGAGGAUUCCUGGGACGAGGAGCGGUACCUGGCGGCGCUGGGCUCGCGGCCGCCGCUGCCGCCCGAGGCGCUGGCCCAGCCGGCCCAGGGCCCCGUGCGGGAGCUCUUCGCAGCCUGCACCGAGAGCGCCGCCCCGCGGAGACCGCCCGCAGCGCGCAUCGUCCGCGCCCUGGAGACACGGGAACAGCGGGAACAGCAGCGGGAUAACCAUGGAACCACGGGAACGGCAACGGGAACAGCAACGGGAUAACCACACGGGAACGUCAGCGGGAACAGCAACGGGAUAACCAUGGAACCACGGGAACAGCAACGGGAACAGCAACGGGAACAGCAACGGGAUAACGACACCGGAACAGCGACGGGAUAACCACGGAACCACGGGAUAACUAUGGAGACACGGGAACGGCAGCAGUGGGAUAACCACACGGGAACAACGGGAUAACCAGGGAACAACGGGAUAAUCACGGGAU